AGGCUCUUUGUUUGCCCAAACCUUGGGAAUUCAGCAUUUCCAGUGUGCCCUGUUCAGAUUUGCUUGCGAAGGCUGCUGCUAAAAGAAAAAUGUGGAUGUUGUCGUGCAGAGCAGCAGAAUGAAGUGGGGUUGGGGGUGCAGCUGGGCUGGGUCGAGCUGCUCCUUUUCCAGAAACUUCUGAGCAGCCUCAGCUGCAGGGGCUGAGCACAGGGGACAGACGGGGAAGGCAAUGAAGGGAGCAGCCGUGGCUCUGCUCUCCUGCAGCAGCAUGGAGCGAUCUGCAGGAGGAAAGGCAGAGCCUGCAGAGGGGAAGGAUUAAUUUUGGGAAAACAUUGGCAGCUCCCAGGCCGGGAGGCUGCAGGCAGUGCCAGACAGGAAGCGGCUGACGUGGAAGUGCCGGCUGGCCGGGAUUAUGAAUGGCCAGAGGUGCCUCCAGCCACACCGAGCCCUCUGAGCCCGGCCCUGCCCUGCCCGAGAUAAGGACCAGAUGAGCAGAGGGAGGUUCCUGUGAAGAUCAGAGGCCGUCACCGCUGCGGGCCUGCAGGCCACGCCAGAGGAGGAAAAUGUCGCACGCUCUGAAGCAAGUGUUCAACAAGGACAAAACCUUCCGGCCCAAGCGCAAGUUCGAGCCGGGCACUCAGCGCUUCGAGCUGCACAAGAAGGCCCAGGCCUCGCUCAACGCCGGCCUGGACUUGAAGGUGGCCGUGCAGCUGCCGCCGGGCGAGGAGCAGAACGACUGGGUGGCCGUGCACGUCGUGGACUUCUUCAACCGCAUCAACCUCAUCUACGGCACCAUCAGUGACUAUUGCACGGAGCAGUCCUGCCCCGUCAUGUCCGGGGGGCCCAAGUACGAGUACAGGUGGCAGGACGAGCACAAGUACCGCAAACCCACGGCCCUGUCGGCGCCCCAGUACAUGAACCUGCUCAUGGACUGGAUCGAGGUGCAGAUCAACAACGAGGACAUCUUCCCCACCAAUGUCGGUACUCCCUUCCCCAAGAACUUCCUGCCAGUGGUGAAGAAGAUUCUGUCCAGGCUUUUCCGGGUGUUUGUCCACGUCUACAUCCACCACUUCGACAGGAUCACCCAGAUGGGCUCCGAGGCCCACGUGAACACCUGCUACAAGCACUUUUACUACUUUGUGAAAGAGUUCAAUCUCAUAGACACCAAGGAGCUGGAGCCCCUGAAGGAAAUGACCUCCAGGAUGUGCCACUGAGCUCAGACCCUCCUGCUCCCUCCUCGGCACCUCCUCGAGGGCUCCCAGCCCCAGCCCCAGACUGGAGAGGUGAUUCAAGGGGAGAACAGAGACGUUUUGUUGAAGAAAUUAUAUAUUUUUAAUGAGUUUCAAUGUAAAACUGUGAUACUGCAGGAAUAUUUUUUUAAAGAUGCUCUAGAUUAACUAAUUUUUUAUAGUAAUUUCUAUAAAAAAGAAAGAAAAUAUUUUGUGGGCCACUUGAUGGGAAUGUUGGCUCUCAGAGUGGGGAAGAGCUGCCUGAGCUGCCUCCUCUGUGUGCCCUGAGUGAGCUGAGCCAGACACUGCACACAGAGCUGUGCCGUGGGGCUGGUGCUGCCAUGGAAGCAGUGCCUCCCUUGGGAUCCGCAUUUCCCACCCCUGGAGGCAGGGAACAGGACUGGUGUGCAUGGAUCCCCCAGGUGUGGAUCCCCAGCACCUCUUCCACUGGCUGUGAGUCUGGGAUUGGGGCAGAGCUGCUCUGUGCCCACCUGUCCCCAAGGCCUGGCUCUCCUGUGCUCCCUCUGAGUGAGCUGGGACUGGGCUUCAUCCCAUGGCUGCCACAGCUGGGGCUGCUGCUGUUGGACUGGAAAUCUGCCCUCGUGUGUCAGCCCAGCCCUGAGCUGAGCUCUGCACACACAGCCCAGCUGUGGCUCUGCACUGUCCCCAUGGGGACACAGAUCCACGCUGGCAGCUCCUCAUGGGAGCCACCAGAGGGGAGGUGCUGGGACAGGCACCAGGAAUUCUCCUCCAUCCCCUCCCUCCCUCCCUGUCCCUCGUGGUACGCUGACCCUGCCGGGACCAUCCUGCUCCCUGCUGGGGUAUGGAGCCUUCUCCCCUUCAUCAGCAUCACCAUCCCAUCCAGCUGUGCACAUCUGGGACCAAAAUCUGCUCUGCAGCCAGAGCCCUCCAGCCUCACCCGCUGCUUGCACGAGGAGAGCUUGGCAGUGCCCCUGGUAGGUAGUGGGUCUACCUAGGAUUGGGGACCAGUAAGUGACCAAACUGCACCACUAACCAACCACUUCUUCCUUACAAAGCAUUCCCUGGAAUCUCUGUACAUAUGUGACUCUCUCAUUUCUCAUCCUGCCGUUAGGACACUCGUACAAAUACCACUCGUGCUCUGCAAUGGAACCAAUAAAUUAUGUUGUAUUUACACAGCA